GGACAGCGGGCGCGGGGGCCGGGGCGGCGGCGGCGGCGGGGACGGCGGCGGCGGAGGGGCAGCAGCAGCGCAGCGCGAGCCCGGCAUGAGGAGCCGCCGCGCGAGCCCCGCCACAGCUCCGGUCUGCCCUUUUUAAAGGCCAAGUCCAAGGGAAGCUCAAGUAGCAGUCAUCCUCAAUUUGGUGUCCUUGGAACCAGACUAUCCAGGACAGUUUACUUGCCUAAACUGGAUAGAAAGACACUCAGAUUGCUGGAGAUCAUCUUUGUAAAGGUAUCUCAAGAGAAAAGAAGCAGGUCUUCAUAAUAAUGGAAGAGCCCACAAACUCUAAAAAUGGGGAUCAUGAACCAAGGAAGUCUGCUCGGGCUGUUUGUGAAGAAAGCAAAGCUCUUAGAGCUCCGACCAAUCAGAAUUUGAAACCUAGAAAUGAGAGAGUCAUAAGGGACAUUGGAAGAAGUUCUCCAAGUGGGAACAGUAAUAAAAAAAAUAAACAAAAUGAUGUUUGUACAGAAAAAAUAGAACCUAAAUCAUGUAAGGUAAAUACCUCUAGUGUCCCAGGCACAAAAGACUUGGGAUCAGUCCUUCAAGAUCAAAGUCACAGCAAAGCAAAAAAGUCACCAGGCCCACUGGCGACCAGAGAAGGUAUGAAGCCCGCGAGAGCCCAGCAGGUGGAAGAGAAUGUUCCAAGCUCCUCUGCUUCUGAGAAGGAUGUGAAUAAAGAAAUCUUACCUACUGUACAAGGAGGGGAGUCAGCUUUAGACAAUGCACCAGGCUCUCCAAAACUAACAAUGUGUGCAGAUAAUGCUAGUGACUCUGGGAAUAGUAUUUCAGGAACAGAAGACAAAUCUGAUGACUUGAGUAAAAUGAAGAGUGCUGAGCCAACAAGAGACCCUCCUUCAGAGCUGGACUACUUGGAAAACGCCGCCACAAUCGAUGAAGCGGCGCUGACUCCCGAGCAGAGGCUGGGGUUGGAGCAGGCUGAGGAGCGCCUGGAGCGAGACUACAUCUUUCGACUGGAAAAACGCUCCCCGGAAUACACCAAUUGCCGCUAUCUAUGCAAAUUAUGCUUAGUUCAUAUUGAAAAUAUCCAGGGAGCCCAUAAGCACAUAAAAGAGAAACGGCAUAAGAAAAACAUCACGAGAUCUAUUAAAAACACCAGAUCCAAUGAUCCCUGGCUCGCUCUUUCCAUGUCUCUCCCAACAACUGGACCAUUGGCUCAUCCCACUGAAUUUUCCACCUCCCAGUCAGCUGUUUGUGGUCCUGUGGGAUCCAGUCUACACAAAGCAUUAUGUGAAAAACAGGAAGAAAAUGAACUCCGAGCCCUGCCACCCCCUUCCCCUGCCCAGCUGGCUGCUCUGAGCUCCACCCUCAUGCAAGCAGCAAAGGAGCAAGGGAUUUCGGACGAUGACUUUGGGUUCCGGCAGGAAAUUGUGACUGAAAUGGAAAAGGUCGUACAGCUGCGCUUACCAGACUGUUCGCUUAGGCUGUAUGGCUCCUCUCUGACUAGGUUUGCUUUUAAAAGCAGUGAUGUUAAUAUAGAUGUAAAAUUUCCAUCCAAGAUGAGUCACCCAGAUGUUCUGAUUCAGGUGCUUGACAUAUUAAAAAACUGUGCAUUAUACUCAGAGGUGGAGUCUGACUUUCAUGCCAAAGUUCCUGUUGUCUUUUGCAAAGAUGUGAAGAGUGGUUUAAUCUGUAAGGUGAGCGCUGGAAAUGAUGUGGCAUGCCUCACAACUGAUUUGCUUGCUGCUCUUGGCAAGCUAGAGCCUGUCCUAACCCCCUUGGUGUUAGCUUUUCGCUACUGGGCUAGGUUGUGCCAUAUUGACUGCCAGGCUGAAGGGGGGAUCCCUUCCUACUCUUUUGCUUUAAUGGUGAUGUUUUUUCUUCAACAAAGAAAGCCCCCUCUUCUUCCUUCCUAUUUAGGCAGUUGGAUUGAAGGCUUCGACUCAAAACGAGUUGAUGAUCAUCAGCUGAAGGGCAUUGAAGAUGAGAAGUUUGUGAAGUGGGAAUACAAACCUAUGCCCAGUGGGCCCGGGAAGAACUCAGGUGCCUCUGAAAAUAAAACAAAAGCCGAUCAGAGAAGUGGCACCAAGAAGCCCACCGGCUCCGAAACAGACCCCCAGAGCGGCAUUGCCAAGGAGAGACAUGGCAAGUCUCCUUUAGCGUUGGAAAUACCAACUCAGGUAUCCCUGGGACAAUUAUGGUUAGAGCUGUUAAAGUUUUACACACUGGAAUUUGCUUUGGAGGAAUAUGUCAUAAGCGUACGGGUACAAGAACUCUUAACACGAGAGAACAAAAACUGGCCUAAAAGGCGAAUAGCCAUUGAAGACCCUUUUGCACUCAAGAGGAAUGUUGCACGGAGUUUGAAUAGCCAGAUGGUGUUUGAAUAUAUCCUGGAGAGGUUCAGGACAGCCUAUAAAUAUUUUGCUUGUCCUCAGAGUAAAGACGGGAAUAAGUCUAAGGUGGAUUCCAGGAAGAAGGAGAGGGGGAAAAUGAGCAACAAGAAGCCUGCUAAGUCUGGAGACGUGGGCACCAGUGGUUGCCUUCUCCAAGGGGAAAGUGUAGAGAAGACCAAGCCAGGAAGUGGGUGUGGAGCACACAUUUGUCAGUCUGAUGAAUGUAACGAGGCGGAGUGUGCAUCCCAGAGAUGUAGGAAGGACGUAGGCCGCUUGGGAAAGAAACUGGACGAAGCUGAUGCCAGUUAUAACCAGGACGCUCGGGAACCUUGGACUCCUAAUGAUGGCUACGAGUUGGAGCCAAAAUCUCUGGAAGAGCAGCAUGACUCGGAGCCCUCAGAGCCUUGUUUGAAAGAGGAAGACAGCCUCCAGUGUCACUGCCGUGAGCACAGGUCACCUGACCCAGACGCCAUUAACGAACUGGAGGGGACCCCCUGCAGGUCAGAUUUGGAAACAAAGUGUUUGCAGCCGACUCCAUGCACUGACAUUGACACAUCAGCUACCUCUCCCCACUGCCAAGCUGUGGCAGAAGCUUGUGACCUUAAAGAUGAAGACCAGCUCUGCCCUCCAGAAAUGCAUUAUGUGUUUGAUAAGUUUAUUUUGACUUCUGGCAAGCCUCCAACCAUAGUAUGCAGCAUCUGCAAGCGAGAUGGGCAUUCCAAAAAUGACUGCCCAGAUGAUUUCAAGAAAAUUGAUCUCAAACCUCUACCACCAAUGACAUAUCGAUUUCGGGAUAUACUUGAUCUUGUGUGUAAAAAAUGCUUUGAUGAAUUAUCACCUCCAUUUUCUGAACAACAAAGCAGAGAGCAAAUUUUAGCCAGUUUGGAAAGGUUUAUUCAAAAAGAAUAUAAUGAAAAGGCCAGGCUUUGCUUGUUCGGUUCUUCAAAGAAUGGAUUUGGCUUCCGCGACAGCGACCUUGAUAUCUGCAUGACGCUUGAUGGUCACGAAAAUGCUGAGAAAUUGAAUUGUAAGGAAAUAAUCGAAGGUUUGGCAAAAAUUCUGAAGCGACAUCCAGGUUUAAAAAACAUCUUGCCUAUAACUACUGCCAAAGUGCCUAUCGUAAAAUUUGAACACAGGCGGAGUGGGCUAGAAGGAGACAUCAGCUUAUACAAUACCUUGGCUCAGCAUAACACGAGAAUGCUGGCUACAUAUGCAGCUAUUGACCCUCGGGUGCAGUAUUUGGGAUACACCAUGAAAGUGUUUGCCAAGCGCUGCGACAUUGGCGAUGCGUCCAGAGGAAGCUUGUCUUCAUACGCUUACAUCCUCAUGGUGCUGUACUUCCUGCAACAGAGAGACCCCCCUGUGAUCCCAGUGCUACAGGAGAUAUUUGAUGGAAAACAGAUUCCCCAGCGAAUGGUGGAUGGGUGGAAUGCCUUUUUCUUUGAUGACAUGGAGGAGCUGAAAAAGCGUUUGCCUUCCCUGGGCCAAAACACAGAGACACUGGGGGAGCUCUGGCUGGGUCUGCUGCGCUUUUACACUGAAGAAUUUGAUUUCAAGGAAUAUGUUAUUAGCAUCCGUCAGAAGAAGCUGCUGACCACAUUUGAGAAACAGUGGACGUCCAAAUGCAUUGCAAUCGAAGAUCCUUUUGACUUGAAUCAUAACCUUGGUGCUGGAGUCUCUAGAAAAAUGACUAAUUUCAUCAUGAAGGCAUUUAUCAAUGGAAGGAAACUUUUUGGCACCCCGUUUUAUCCUCUUGUUGGAAGGGAAGCGGAGUACUUCUUUGACUCUAAAGUAUUGACGGAUGGAGAGUUGGCUCCCAAUGACCGGUGCUGCCGUGUGUGCGGGAAGAUUGGGCACUACAUGAAAGACUGCCCUAAAAGGAGGAGCGCUUUACUGUUUAGGCUGAAAAAGAAAGAGAAUGAGAAAGAAGAUGAUAAAGAAAUGAAGGAUGAUGACCGAGAACUUCGAGAGAAAAGAUGUUUUAUCUGUGGAGAUGUGGGACACGUCAGAAGAGAGUGCCCCGAAUACAAACAAGCUCGGCAGAGGAGCAACGGUCUGGCAGGUAAACCUCCAUGCUCAGGUGUGCUGCAGUCUGUCCAAAGGAGGCGCCUCUUGCCCCUCCGGCUGCUGACCUAAGGAGUCUGGUCCACUUCUUGGGGCUCUGACUGUGCUUGGGAGGUGUCCUAUCCUUCUGCUCCCACUGAUGGCACUCUAGAGUAGAAAGGGAGCAGGCAUUCACGAAGUGCCUACUAUGUGCAGACUCUGUGCUAAGUGCUUUCUUUCCUUAGAGAUUCUGUCUCAAGUUUGGGUGAGAGGACAGCAUGCCUAUGAGCUGGGCUUUGAGAAUGGGUAGAAAUUAGCAAUCCAGAGCUGCUUGUGGCGGACACCAUGCCUGAGCAAAGGCAUGAGAGGUUGGGGAGCAGUGAGUCAUCCAGUGUGGGGGCAGCAGGGGGCAGGAAGGCAGGCCAGAAGAGUAGCCAUUGUUCUGUCUCUGCUUUCAGGUUCCUGGAGUAGGAUGCAUUCCUCUUAAUGAUCUUUCCUUCACUUAAACAUCUCCUGUGUCUUUCACUUUCCCAGAAAACCAUAACAAAGAAUUAAAAAAAAAAAAAAGAAGAAAAAUUUCAGCAAAACCAACCAAUGCAUUGAAAAAAUCUGACAGCGUAUGUAGCGUUCCGCACCAGUGAGUCCCUCCUCCUCCACUUCUGCACUGGGAGGAAGGGUCUUGCCAUCGUUCUUACUUGGGGACAAGCUUAUUCCUGGUUAUUCUUGGAUUGGGCACAACAUUGAUGAGAUUAUUUCAUAGCAAUGUCCUUUCCGUUUCCAUUGUUGGAGUCAUUGUGGAUAUUAUUUCCCUGGUCCUGCUGACUGCAUUUGCUUCCAUUCAUGUCUGUCUUUCCAAGCUUCUCUGGCCUUUUCUCAUUCAGCAGCUUUCUCAUUUCUCACAGCACAGUAAUAUCUCAUUGCCUUCACCGACCACAGUUUAUUUAGCUUUUCCCCAUGGGGCGGCCAUCUGUUAUUUCCAGUUCUUUACUACCACAAAAAGGCUGAUAUCUUGGUGUUUGUGGAACCUAUUUGUCAUUGAUCUCUUUAGGAGGGUCUUUAGCAGUGGACUCUCCAGGUCAUGAAGGGCAUGGACAUUUUAGUCGCUUUAUUUGAACGAUUCCAAAUUGCUCUCCAGAAUGGUGGUGUUCAUCCACAGAUCAACUCCACCAAUAAUGUUCUAGUGUGCCUGACUUUCCUCAAGUCCUCUAGGACAUAGUCCUUCUGAAGGGAACACUCAUUAGUGUCCUUGCACCCUCACCACCAGACAGUCUUCCCUUCUCCUUUCUGUGUCUCAGAAAAGGCCCCAUUUCUUGGCAUCUUCUCACAACCUCCUGGAGAGGAGGAGUCCAGUCCAAGGGCUGGGGCCAUUGGACACGGGAAGGGACCUGUCCAGGGUCCCUCGGCCAGGGUCCAAACCCAGCUCUUCCUGUGCCUGGUGCUCCUUCCACCAUGGCACUGCUUGUCGAGUAAGAAGCAUCAAACA